ACAUAUUUUCCCUGUUACAAAGCUGCAAAGACAAGGCUGAGCCCACUGUAAAUGGCAUCCCCGGACCUCAUCUGUCAUUGCAGCCUCCUCCCUUCCUCAGCUGUUUCCACAUUGUGCAAUGUGGCCGAAGGCACUAAUCAUUGCUCUUUCCUACUGUGGUAUGUUUCUUCUGCUGCUGCCUCUUUGGAUUGGCGUCCGCAGCUGCCCUGGCAGAGACCCGUUCCCACCCCCCAAGUCUUGCACGCAUCUCUAUGCCCUCUUCCCCAGCACCUCCUGCUGAGUCUGACUCUGACUCAUCCUAAACGUUCGGCACAUUCGGCCUCCCAGGGCCUGCUCAGCCCAGCACACAAUGCAUCAGUGCCUUCUCUCUCCUACGAAGAUGCUCGAUCCCCUCUUGAGGCCCUUCCACCUGCUCCUUAAAGGAGAGGCACCAGCCACAAAGGAGGACAUUACAUCUCUCCUCCUUUCCGAGAAGGCAACAGCCUGAAGCAAUAGCUCAGAGCAUCAUUCUAAGGACAUGCAAGGAGGAAAAAUGGCCAAAUCCUUCCCAGCACUCUGCUCACUUUUUUUCUUUAUCCUGACACAUUCGGCGUUAUCAUCUGGCCCUCAACACUGGUGGCCACCAAAUGGAGUUAUUAAGGUGAAAUGUCCAUAUAAGAAAGUAGACUUGAGUUGGUUCAGAGGAACAGCGAACCCCUGCCCUGGCGUGUAUCAACCCAUCUGUGGCACCAAUUUUGUAACCUAUGAAAACCCUUGCAUCCUGUGUGUUGAGAGCUUGAAAUCUCAGGGGAAAAUUAGGUUUCUACGUGAUGGAAAAUGUUAGCUGAGUGGAUUCAGAUGUAAAAGAAGAGCCUUCGCUUCUUUCCAUCAAGAAAAUCCUUCUCUGCAACUCACCCCUCCUUGCAUUGUUCUCAGUGACAGAGAGCUGCCCUGCUGAGCUUGUAUCAGACAGCCCAAGAGUCCUUCUUUACCUCUCCCCUCACUGAUUCACUGCCUUCCAUAUUCUCCCUAAUAAAUAAACUUUUCUGCAAGUCUCACUUAA